AUGGCCGCCAUUCCCGUUUUGGCUGCCCGCGAUGACAGCAAUUCGGGAGCCUUGACGCCCUCGACCGUCAACCUGCUCAUCUCGUUACUGGUUUUGAUAUUGCUUGCCAUAAUCCUCUCCGGUAGUUUGCUAGUACUGCGCCAGCGCCGUCGCAAGCAGCAGUCCCAACUUCCUCUCUACAACAAUAGUCAAAAGCACCACCGUCGUCUUACAAUUACACAGAACAGCAGGACUGGUUCCAUUCAUGUGUAUAAUGAAAAGCGGGAUCUCCUCCACAAUUCGUCAAGCCCACCUCCCAGUCCCGUGCCAGAGAUUCGCAUCACCUUCCCCGAGGAGGAGGAUGAGUCUGGAAAGCGCAAAUCAGGCCGCGUCGUCGUUGUGCACAUCAGCGAGACUGGCGGUGUUGGUCUAGAACCAUGCAAAGAAGAACUUCCUCCCUACCAAACCAACGAGUCUGGCCGCUUCCAAUCCCUCGACCUCGAGCGUAUUGGGGGACUAAAAGAAAAGGAUGAAGGCACCCGGUGGUCUUAG